UGCCAUAGCUUGUCAGCAGCAGCAGCAGCAGCAGCAGCAGGAGCAGCAGUCAUCAAGCCAACCAAAAGUCGAGGCAGUAGAGGAGUCACAAGAACUAACAGAUGAAGCACAAGAGCUAGCAGAGGAAUCAGAUGACACAACAAAUGCCCCGCGCGCUGUGAUGGACUACCGUGACGGACGCCUGCUGCUCCACACGCUGGCGGAGCCCGCCGCUACAAGGCUGUCUCUGCAGGUGCCACACGAGGUGUUCCUGGAGCUGGGUGUGGGUGACCGAUGCUUGGGUCGGAUCUACAUCAGACUUCUCGGGCAUCUGCGUCAGGCUCAGCAGUUCAUGGCACUCUGCAUGGGCACUAUGGGACCAUCUUUUCUUGGGACCAGGGCCUCCGAGAAAGUGAGGAAUAUCAUCGUGUUUAAGUCUGCUGUGGACAGAAACAAUCAGUCAUUCGCACAAGGCCUUAUGAUGGGCCUUGAGUGGGGCGGUCAACAUUCCUUAACAGAAACUGAAGGUCUUGUAGCAGGAAUGGCUGGCAACAAUGGCACUGCUUUUGGAAUCUGCACUCAAGGGCAGACCAAUGCUGCUAUGCAUGCUCCACUGGGUGAAGUGGUGGCCGGCCUUGAGGUGGCGCAGGAUGCCUUCCAGCACAACCCAGUUACAGAGGUCACCAUCACUCGGUGCGGCCUGGUGCUACCCGGCCUUUCGCAGUAACACGCUCAGAUGCUCAUAGAUUCAUGUGAUGACAUACCUUGUCUGAAGACGCAAGUGGCUGUUACAGAAUUUCACUGGCUAAUAGUGCAAUAACUCUAGAGAAAAUUCGCUCGUAUAUUUUUCCUUGUUGCUUUUGUAGUUUCCAUUCCUUUAAAUGUAAUGGGUUUAUUAAUCCAAUAUUUUCUACUCAUGAAAAAUAUAACUCAAGGUGCAAAAAGAAAUUAAAGACAAUAAAAGCAAUUACACUACAAAAAGUU